GCUCAACGAGGGCCUGCGACGUCGCAUGAACAAUCCGAAAGGACUAAAGAAAGGCCUGGUGCAGCAGUGGAACGCUGCCACCAGCCCCAUGGAGAAGCUCCGUCCUCAGAUGCGAUGGGGCCAUAGGUUCGCCUUCUUGAAGGCGUUUUUGCUGGACAAGGAGAUGGGAAGCAUCCAAGUUGAUGCUUAUUACGAAGAGAUGAGCGAGUCGAAAGACAAAGAGAAAUUCAUCGAGUUGCCGCUGUGUGAGAUUAUGGAAAGAUGGGGCAAGCUGCCUGGUGGGGAGCAGUUUGUGAAGGACAUCCAAGCCAGCCAGACUGGAAAGAAGCACCCCCAAACGUCGGACGCGAACUGGCGGAUCUAUCGUGUGUUCAAAGAAAUGGAAAUUUCGAGCAUCUUGGUUGCAUAUAUUAUAAUAUAA